AUGGAAUUUGUUGAAGAAGCAGCUUAUCGAGAUGCCUGCGCCUCAGGCGCGCUGCCUGGCGUCAUCUUUCUGGCAGCCGAUAAGGAAGGCACUUUCGAAUAUGGAAAGGCAAUGGGACGUCGAUCCACGAAGCCUGAGGAUGCGGCUAAAGCGAUAGAGCCGGACAUGGUCUUGGCCAUGGCCGCUUGCACCAAGCUCAUGACCGCCAUUACCGUUUUGCAGUGUGUGGAACGCGGUCUUUUCGACCUUGACGAGGACAUCACGCAAUCCUUCCGGAUUUGA